AUGGACAAGGAAUGGACAAAGAAAAACCCCGCGAGUAAAGAGUACCAAAAUGGUCUUGAUUCUUUUCUAGAUUAUGCAUACACGAAAGGAAAGCCCCGCGGGAAAGAGAUUUUGUGUCCUUGUGCUAAUUGUUACAAUAGUAAUUGGUUUACAAGGAAUGAAGUGAAAAAUCAUUUAAUUGCAAAAAUUAAAAGAGAGCAUGCUGCUGAAAUUAGACAAUUUAAUGACAAGUUACAAGAGAUGGAAGAAAAACAUCGUCAAGAUAAAGAAGAAACUGAUAGGAAAAUUCAGGUUCUUCUUAAGACUGUUUUGAAUCAAAAUACCUCCGAGUUGAAUAUAGAGGCUUUGGCAGCUUUGAUAUCAACUCCUGCAACUGAUGCUAACAGUGUCUUACGUUCUUCUACAUCAACACAUGCUCCAACUAAUGAUCAAGUCAUGAAUGAUAAUAUCAAUGAAGAUUUUGAAUUUGAAGAUGAAGAAACGUAG